GAUGCGCUACUCGGCUGAAAGUCGACACGCGGAACGUUACGGCGACCUAGCAGCCAAGUUAGGCCGUGAUCACUGGGAAAGUUUGAGCGAUCGGUUAAGACGUUCUAGAGCAGAAAACGCAGAACGGAAAGACGUGAUCACAAAGCGACCUUUAGACUUUGACGCUGAAGAGCGCUCCAGAAAAGCUGAAACCAAUAAAUGGCUUGACCAUCAUUUUGGAAGCGAUUCCCGUUCAUCACAGUCUUCAAGAGAUUCUUUAGUUUCGGGCGGUGCUGAUCAGCGACAUGUUGCAAAGUCUCAAGGAACUGAGGAAGGUUAUUUCAAUAUAACCAUUCGCAGUAAACGUGAUGCGCCGGUUUUAGUAGCUUGCGUUCCCAAACAAAAUGCUAGUCCUCACAAAGGAACAAAUAAAUAUUUCCAGGGUGUUUCCGAAUGGAGUGACAGGCGAGUUCAACCACAAAGGCCUGCACGGGCCAUAAAGGCCAACAAAGUAGAAAACUUGUCAAGGUAUGAAACAACAAACACGGCGCGUGAAGUAAAACAGUUUGACACCCAAAGACCAUCACCUCCUCAACGAAGUCGUCAUAGGAAGCAAACCACUACACCUUCACCAAGUUUUGUUGGUGAUAUCAAUGGAUACGUUAAGGACGAACCACCUAUUGAUUAUUCGACGCAUUUGAGAAAAGAGAAUGCAACUCCGACAACAGAAACAAAGAUAAGGCCUGGUUCUUGUUCCCCGCCAACGAAACUUGAGCCUUCCCGCGGUCGUAGCGUACAUUUUCCAGCCGAUACUGUUGCUUCAAAACAAAAGGUCACUUCCGCUAUUGGACAGGGUAUUAGAAAAUUAGUUGGAAAAAUUCGAUCAGCAAGUUUGGAAAGAAAAAGUAGACGACGGUCUGCAAGUCCGCCCUUGAUAAUUCCUCCAAGACCUGAAGAUGAAACAACUUAUCAGAAAUGCAACGUCAUAGAUUCUCAUAUAGGAAGUGAAAAAUGGACCGCCCCACCUGCUCAGAGAUAUUAUUUAGGAGAGGAUCCUUAUGGAGGCAGUAUAUAUGGACGAGAAAAUAAAUAUAUUAACAAUUUUAAACAAACAAAUGGUAGAUAUGAAACAACUCCAGUCACAACGACACUUGGUAGAUAUGGUAAAAAUGAAAAGAAAUCAGGCAUUCUCAUUAGAGAUAAAAAUGAAGAUAAUAAAAUACAAUCAUCAAAUAGAACAUCACUUACAAGAAGCAAAAGCUGUUUGGCGAACCAGCAUUCUUAUCCAAUUUAUCGAUCAAAUCCACAUUUAGCGGUUACCCACGAUGCCUUGAAAAGUCCUUCAUUAGUUGUCUCGUUAGUUAAUAAAUCUAAAACAAAUUUGGCAUAUAAUGAAGAUGAUAAACGAGAAACUUUUAUGAUGAGAUUGCAUCAAAGAGCUCCAGAACUUUAUCAAACUCUUCAGGCGGCGGAAUAGGUAUCAGAUAAAAAUAUGCCGAAGGUGAUUCAUUUGCAACUACAUGAAUAUAAAGGAACUUGAUCAAGUGCAAUUACUUCAAUACAAAUUCAAUUUCAGAUAGAACUAUUUUAAAUUUUCAAUGAAUCACAUUCUAAUUUUAAAAGUUAUUUUUUACGUCUACGUAUUUAUGAUCAAAUGAAUUUCCAGCAUUAGUAUUUUACCAACGAUAUCAAUUCCGGUGGAAUUGUUUUAUACAUCAAACUACCAGAUUACUUUAAAAUUUUAUGAUGUUACAAUAUAUAAAUCAUUCUCGUAAAAAGUAUAA